AUGGCCUUUGAGACAAUCCGCCAGGGACGGGAGCGACUCAUCGCCCUCCUUCUCACCACCCCCGACCCCGUCUUGGACGAAGUGGCCUCGCUGGGGAUAGUCACCGAGGAGGAGUACGAGGCCUUGGAGAAGCUCUCGGAGCCCAGGGAGAGGAUCCGAAGGCUGCUGAUAAAGUUCCAGAGAAAGGGGGAGCGCGGCUGUGAGCAGUUCCUGGAGUGUCUGCAGAGCCUCUUCCCAGACUUCCCGCUGGAUUUACAGCCCCCGGGACGCCGGUGCGUAACUCAGACGAAUGAUGCAGAGAGUCCAGAAGGUGGCGCAUUUGCCGAGAAGAUAGGAGCAGAAAAUCCACAAGUUGCUGUAACCUUGGGAAAGAAUGAGCUAGAGAAUCCAGGAGGUGCCACAUCCCUAGAGAAGAAUGAUCUAGAGAAUCCAGAAACAGCUCUACCACACAAGGAGAAUGAUCUAGGGAAUCCAGAUGGUCGCCCAUCCUCAGGGACUAUUGAUUCACAGAACUCAGAAGAUGCCACGUCCUCAGAGAAGAAUGAUCCAGAAAAGCUGGAAGAACCUGAGAAGCCGUAA